AUGGCAGCUCCCAGCGCCUUGAAGUCACUUCAGGAAGAAGCUGUGUGCGCCAUCUGCCUGGAUUACUUCAAGGACCCGGUGUCCAUCCGCUGUGGGCACAGCUUCUGCCGCGCUUGUGUGACCCAGCUGUGGAGCCAAGAAGGGGAGCAGGAGCGGCCGCCACCCCUUGCAAGACACUUCAUCCUCGAGGUUUUGUACCGGAGGUUCGCCCGACGGGAGGACUUGCUUGGGUACCCUGCACCCCGGCUGCGCCAGGACCACAGAAGGCAUUGGGGCAACGUGGACGCUGUGUGGGAGGAGGAGGAGGAGGAGGAAGAGCGGAUCAGGUUCCUAGGAGGGCUGGCAAACGACCUCAGAAUUCGAGUUAUUCCAGAAGAGAGUCUGGAGGCACGCCACCACCAUGACCACGACCACCACCAGGAGCCUCUCCUGCGUCCUCCAGUGCGCACUUUGCAAGUCUUCACUUGCCCCCAAUGUCGAAAGACCUUCCCAAGCCGCAGCUUUCGUCCUAAUUUGCAGCUGGCCAACAUGGUUCAGAUAAUUCGAGAGAUGUGUCCCGCUCCACCAGAAGAGCAGCAGAGCAUCUGCUCCAAACACCAGGAAGCCAUGAAACUCUUCUGUGAGGUGGAUAAAAAGCCCAUCUGUUUGGUGUGCCGAGAAUCCAGGCAACACAAGUAUCACAGCGUGGUGCCGUUGGAUGAAGUGUUCCAGGAGUAUGAGGACCAAAGGACCAGGAAACCUCGUGGUUCCAGUCAUGCUCCAGCUUGGAAAAAAAGUUAA